AUGUCCAAACAAUUCACCCCGGCCGACGUGGCAACCCACAACACCGCCGACAACGGCCUCUAUAUCAUUAUUGACAACAGCGUCUUUGACGUGACCAAGUUCAUCGACGAGCAUCCUGGCGGCAGUAAGAUCCUCAAGCGGGUUGCGGGCAAGGACGCGACCAAGCAGUUUUGGAAGUACCAUAAUGAAUCCGUUUUGAAAAAGUAUGCGCCCAAGCUGAAGGUUGGUGAAGUCAAGGAUGCGGCCAAGCUGUGA